AUGAGAAAUAAAAGGGAAAGUGAUGUUAAAAACUAUAAUGUUGGGAAUUUUUACUCUUCUCCUGAAAGGUUUAAAGCUCCUUUUCUUUCUAUCACAAAAGAAUUAUUGCAAUGCCUAAAAGAAGACUUGAUCAGUGAAUUAGUAAUUAUUAGUUCUGUAAGAAAAAAGGGUUUUGAUUCGGAGGGUAAAGAAAAAAAAUUUGGAGAAACUUUCACUAAUUUUCCUCAAUGCAAGUUGCUAAUUAAUGAAUUUAAGAGAUUGCCUGUCAAUAUUGAUGGAAAGGAGGUUGCUUCACAUCCUGAAGGAAAAAUUAUUCCAACCCGCCAAGAAGUGAUUAGGGACAAUCACCCUGAUUUUGACAUCUUCAUUGAUGAUGAUGAACAUAAAAUAAUUUCUGCUCUCAAUUUUUUUAGUCCAGAUAAGAUUUAUGUCCUGCCUGACUACAAAUUUAGUCGUCAUGUUCAAGCUCCUAACAUUUAUCAUGUCAAAACCACAGUCUCAGAUUUAAAAACUGAAGACUUUGAAAAAGCAGCUCAAGAAUACAAAGACAAUCAUUUAAAAAAUAAGACACAAACAAAUGAAAAGAAAAAUGGUAGCAGUAAAUCCUUUUGA